AUGGAAACCAGAUUCCUCCUCCGCCUCCCAAAGCGCAUCCCCCUCCCUCAAAUCCGCAAAUUCCACCCCCAGCAGCAUCCACGACAAGAAUACAAACAAGCAAACCCACUAGGCUCCUACUACGAGGCAAUCCUCGAGUCCUCCUCCCAAGCCAUAACCAGCCAACCCCCCACAACCGCAAGCCCCUCCUCGAAUCCUCCCAUCUCCGCAAAAGAAGAGGAAGAACCCGAAGCACCAAUCCUCUUUUCCUCACGGCUCUCCUCGCCUCUAGAACGGCGAUCGGAGAUCAAGAAGAAGAGUACGCUGGUCGCGGGUAUAUGGGUGCCACCCAAACCAGAUGAGCCGGAUGAUUGCUGUAUGAGUGGGUGUGUGAAUUGUGUUUGGGAUCGGUAUGGGGAUGAGCUUGUGGAGUGGGCUGCGGCUAGGAAGGAGGCUGAUCAGGCUUUACUGAAGGAGAAGAGUUUGGAGAAGGUGAAGAAGAAGAGGAAGGGAGUUGCUGGGACGGGGUUGAUGUUAGGGGAGGGGGAGAAGGGUGCUGAGCAUACGAUGAUUAGUAUGGAUGAUGAUGGGGGUGGGAGUGAGAGUAAUUGGGGAACGGGAUUGAAUCCAGAUUUGAACAGUGAUGAUCUAUUCAAAGGCGUUCCUGUGGGAAUUCGAGAGUUCAUGAAGCAGGAAAAGAGACUGAAAGAGAAGCGGGCCCGAGAAGAAGCGGCUGGGUAG